AUGCGUGACUACUUCGGCGAAAACCCGAAGUUUGGGGAGCGUUUUUUUCGCUAUCGCUACCGUAUGAGCCAACGUUUGUUUUUGAAGAUUGUUGCCGACAUUGAAGCUAGUUUCCCGUAUUUUCGAGAUGGAGUAGACGCGAGGGGAAGAAGGAGUUUCUCACCGAUUCAAAAAUGCACGUCGGCAAUUAAACUACUUUCAACAGGUGAACCGGCAGACAACUAUGAUGAUUAUCUAUGUAUGGCCGAAAGAACAAGCCGGGAAGGUCUCGAGUAUUUUUGUGACGCGGUUAUUUAUUUGUACAAGCGGGAGUAUUUGCGCAAGCCGACAUCCCAUGACGUCGCCUUGCUGUACAAUGCGCAUGAGGCGCGACACCAUCUCCCCGGUAUGCUCAGUAGCCUUGAUUGUACGCAUGUUGUAUGGAGGAAUUGUCCUAGGGGCAUGAAAGGGCAAUACACGCGAGGGGAUCACAAAGUGCCGACUAUCAUGAUUGAAGCUGUUGCGUCACAAGAUUUGUGGAUUUGGCAUUCGUUUUUUGGUCCUCCCGGAUCAAACAACGACAUUAAUGUGUCGGUCGCCGUUUGGUCUACGUUUGUAAAAGCGUAUCCGCAUCUAGUUGAUCCAAAGGAAGUGAAAUUCAAGCGAGUGCAGGAGGCGGCGAGGAAAGAUGUAGAACAGGCUUUUGGGGUGCUGAAGGGAAAAUGGAAGAUUUUGGAACGUCCAAUCCGGAUUAUGGAUAAGGAGAAGAUUGGGAAAGUCGUCGAUACAUGUUGUAUAUUGCAUAACAUGAUCAUAAAGGACGACGGGAGGGCUAUCUCACCGGUUCACAUAAUGGAUCCACCGGUGCCUGUAGCUUACGAUCCUAGAGUUCUACGGGAGUUACAUGACGAAAACGUCCAUCAUCGUGUUCGGUAUGAUUUAACGGAGCAUGUAUCGACAGUGGAUUUGGCAUACCUCGAUGACCCAGCAGCUCAACCACCACCGAUCGAGGAUUUGAUUUAG